CUCUCAUUAUCGCAUUAGCAGUCAUACUGAAGCUAACGAAAAGUUUCCCUUCAGUAUAUAAGUAGUAGUCAUUCUUGAGGAGUCAAGAAUGUUCAAACGUGUUUUAUCUCUGUUACUGCUAUUAUUAUACACAUUAUUAUGCGGAGCCGGAAUUUUACGGGAUUCACAACAGAGUUUUUCAUAUUCAAAGACUUGUGGAUAUGAGUCGUGUACCAAAAUAGAUCCAAAGAAACUUAAUGUUCAUUUAGUACCGCAUUCUCAUGAUGAUGUUGGCUGGUUGAAAACUGUCGACCAAUAUUAUUAUGGAAGCAGAAUCUUAACUCAAAAAGCUGGAGUACAAUAUAUUAUUGAUAGUGUUAUUGAAGCUUUAAGACGCGAUCCUGCUCGAAAAUUCAUUUAUGUCGAGACCGCAUUCUUGUGGAAGUGGUGGCAGCGUCAAGAUGAAAAAAUCAGGCAAGAAGUUAAACAAUUCGUGAACGAAGGUCGUUUGGAAAUAAUCGGCGGAGCAUGGAGUAUGAACGAUGAAGCUACGACUCACUAUCAGUCAAUCAUUGAUCACUCAACUUGGGGAUUCCGACGACUCAAUGACACGCUUGGUGAAUGUGCUCGUCCUAAAAUCGGUUGGCAAAUCGAUCCUUUUGGACAUUCAAGAGAACAAGCUUCUUUGUUUGCUCAAUUUGGCUUUGAUGGAAUGUUUAUUGGGCGUCUAGAUUAUCAAGAUAAAUACAAACGUUUGAAAGACAAAACUGCGGAAUUUCUUUGGAAAGCUAGUUCUAGCUUAGGAGAAAAAGCAAACUUAUUUUCGGUGGCUCUGUUCAAUAACUAUUCUCCACCUCCUGGAUUUUGUUUUGAUGUACUUUGUUUAGAUGAUCCUCUUAUCGACGACCCAGAGAGUCCAGAUAACAACAUUGAAGCUAGGGUAGCUUUAUUUUUGGCGUAUUGCCAAGUACAAGCGAAAUCUUAUAAUACGAAUAAUAUUAUUCUUACGAUGGGCGAAGAUUUUAAUUACCAAAACGCAAAUAUGUGGUUUUUAAAUUUGGAUAAGCUUAUUAGGUACACAAACAAAAUCUACGGCUCAACAGUGAAUGUAUUCUACUCAACACCUUCAUGUUACCUAAAAUCCCUGAACGAUGCCCAACUUUCCUGGCCGUCAAAAUCCGACGAUUUCUUCCCAUACAGCAGUGACCCCCACGCAUUCUGGACGGGUUUCUUCACAUCCCGCCCAACCCUCAAAUUCUUCGAACGAAUGGGCAACAAUUUCCUCCAAAUCACCAAGCAAUUAUCAGUCUUAUCAAAUCAAAUGGACAGCUCGGGCCUAAUCCAUUUCAAAGAAGCAAUGGGAGUAAUGCAGCACCACGACGCGAUAACAGGAACGGAAAAGCAGCACGUAGCGGAAGAUUACGCCCGAAUUUUAUACUCCAGCUUCAACUAUGGCACAGAAAUAGUUUCCAAAGCGGUUUCCAAAAUGCUCAAAAUCAAUCCUCAAGCUCCCGACGCGGAAUUCCACUCAUGCCUUCUGUUAAACAUCAGCUCUUGCGUUUUUACCGAAUCUUCCGGAAAUUUUGUAGUUACACUCUACAAUCCCGCGAGCCAGCCCAUGUCUAAUUACAUCCGAGUCCCAGUUAAUGGAAACGCGUUCAAAGUAGUUGAUAAUUCAGGUUCUGAAAUUGUAACGCAAUUGUUACCGGUUCCGCAAUUUGUGCGACAAACUCCGGGAAGAAAUAGCAAUUCAACCAAAGAACUAGUCUUUUUUGCAGAAAUUCCUCCUCUGGGCUAUCAAUCGUUCUACGUAACCGAAUUAACAACUAAUGUAGUGGAAGAAAUCAAACCUGCAUCAGUUUCUGCAAUUGAAAACGAUCUUUAUACAGUCAGUGUUAAUCAAGCAGGCAAUGUUGUUGUCACAUGGAAAAACAUGAACUUGCAAGUGACCCAAUCGUUCCAUUAUUACGAAGGAAUGAAAGGAAACAACACUGCCUUUGCAUAUCGCGCAUCAGGCGCUUAUAUCUUCCGUCCGAAAGAAUCUAACGUUUAUGAUAUCGCUUAUUCUGGAAAUUACAAAUUCUACACCGGUCCGGUAGUCAAUGAGCUUCAUUUGAUGGUUAACAAUUACAUCAGUCAAAUUGUUAGGGUUUAUAAAGCAGAACAGAAGAUUGAAUUUGAUUGGGUGGUCGGGCCAAUUCCAAUUGAUGAUUCUAUUGGAAGAGAGAUUGUUACUAAGUACAAGAGUAAUCUUCAGUCGGAUGGUACUUUUUACACUGAUAGCAACGGAAGGGAAAUGAUUAAAAGGAAAAGAAAUUACAGACCUUCUUGGAAUCUUACUUUGGAAGAGCCCAUUGCCGGGAAUUACUAUCCGGUGACGGCUAAGAUUUAUCUGGAGGAUGUUAGGGAGAAGAUGAGGAUCAGUGUUUUGAAUGAUAGGGCGCAAGGAGGGACCAGUAUGGUUGAUGGGGAGUUAGAAGUGAUGUUGCACAGAAGGUUGCUAAAUGAUGACGCUUUUGGGGUGGGUGAGGCGCUCAAUGAGACUGCUUUUGGGUAUGGGCUGGUGGCUAGAGGUAGUCAUUCGCUGAUUGGGAGCAGGAUUGAAGAUUUGGCGGGAAUUGCUUUGAAGGAAAAGACGGAAGCUAUCUCUUUGGCGCUGAGACCUUGGUACUUGUUUACGCCAGUUGGUGGGGUGACUUUGGAACAGUGGAAAGGGCGAUAUUAUAUGAAGAGUAGCUUUUUAAAAAAUAAGCUUCCUAAAAACGUUCAAAUUUUAACAUUGGAACCAUGGAAAGACGGAACAAUCCUCCUGAGACUCGAGCAUUUAUUCGAGAAAAAUGAAGCCGGAGCUUUAUCACAAAGCGCUACUGUCAAUCUAUUGGAUCUGUUUAUAAACAUUGAAAUUAUCUCUGUGAGGGAAACCUCCCUUGGUGGAAACCAAUGGAUUGAAGAUAUGAAGCGCCUUCAAUGGCAAAUAGACUCCAAUGAAGUGGACGAUCAACCUUACAACUUCAUUCCUAUUAAUCGAAGAGGAGGCGCUGUGGAAAUUGUUUUGAAUGCAAUGGAAAUUCGGACGUUUAUAAUGACUGUUAGGCACACUUAAAAAGAAAUUGACUU